AUGGAAGUCUUGAGUGAUUGCCUUCAGGUGAGUGUCGUCAAGAAAGCACCGCAUACUGAUGAACAUGCGAUCAAUGGUGGGAGGUCCGUUCGAACGGAUCCGACGUGCGGCUUUCAACAGCAGCCUGCGAACUUCUUCCCCAUCUUUAAUGGUCCGCUGCAGUUCCCGAACUCGAGGACGGAACCCCUGGGGAAUCAACGUCUUCCGCAAGUGGUCGGGGUGGAGGAAUCGGACGUGUAUCCACGCGCAUGGGCAGCUAUGAUCAAGAGACGUGCAGUACAAGUCCUUUUACCAGGUGCCGCCAUUGCUGCUUUCUUGGUGCUGGUACGAGAACGUGGAUGGGUACCCUUCUUUGUAGCGCCUACCCCGACACCUGCUCCCGCCACCUUCGAGUGCGUGUUCAUGUCCGGUGAGACUGUCUCUUAUCCAAUGGGCAUGAGGCCUUUGUCCUCGUUCUUAUCCAAUGCCUCGCCACAAUCUUCUCGACCCUCAGUGUUUGAGUUAUCCACAUCAGUGUCCAACGCGGGGCCUCCACCUGCGCCUCCCGCAUCACCACUUGUGUCGCGUUCCCUCAGCAACCGCUCAUCGAGAGGCUCUGCCUUCACAUAUGCUAGUGCCGCAUCAAUAUCCGACUUUUUGAUAUAG